AUGGAUGGAUGGCUCUUUGAAGAUAGUUUAAUGGAGGAACUAUUUGCAGCCGUGUGGGCAUGGUUGAAGKCAAGAAGUUUGAUAGCUGUAGGACUGGGUGUUGCAGCUCUUGCAUUUGCAGGUCGCUAUGCAUUUCAGAUAUGGAAACCUCUAGAACAAGCAAUCACAGACACUGCAAGGAAGGUUUCAUCUUCUAGCCUUUCGUCCUACUAUAAAGGAGGAUUUGAACAGAAAAUGAGCAGGCGAGAAGCUAGUCUCAUUUUAGGUGUAAGCCCAUCUGCUGGCAAGGCCAAGAUUAGAAUGGCUCACAAGAGAAUCAUGAUUCUGAAUCACCCAGAUAAAGGUGGAUCUCCUUACUUAGCAACCAAAAUCAAUGAAGCAAAAGACUUGCUGGAAGCAACCACCAAAUAUUGAUUGAUGCUCAAGAGCCAAGAUGAAGGAAAAAAAAUAGAGGACUUAAAAAAAAAAAUAGUCCUGCCAAUUAAUCUGAAAUAUGGUCUUGAUUUUCAUACACCUAUUGACCAUAACCUUUUUUCCAUCCUUCAAUUAUAUAAUAAUAAAAGUUUAAUAGACUUGCUUUUUUAUUUUCU